UCACGACCUGUCUGCGCAUCUGCGGGCUGACAGGCUCACACCCCUGACCGUGUGGAGCUGGUGGCUAUGGCUCCUCGUCGAGCUUUGCACUUCGUAUUCAAAGUGGGAAACCGCUUCCGGACGGCGUGUUUCUUCCGCGAUGUCCUGGGAAUGAAGAUUCUGCGGCAUGAGGAAUUUGAAGAAGGCUGCAAAGCUUCCUGUAAUGGGCCUUAUGAUGGGAAAUGGAGUAAGACAAUGGUGGGAUUUGGACCUGAGGAUGAUCAUUUUGUCGCAGAACUGACUUACAAUUAUGGCAUCGGACACUACAAGCUUGGCAAUGACUUCAUGGGUAUCACACUCGCUUCUAGCCAGGCUGUCAGCAAUGCCAGGAAGCUGGAGUGGCCACUCAGUGAAGUUACAGAAGGUGUUUUUGAAACCGAGGCCCCAGGAGGGUAUAAGUUCUAUUUGCAGAAUCGCAGUCCACCUCAGUCAGAUCCUGUAUUAAAAGUAACUCUAGCAGUGUCUGAACUUCAGAAGUCCUUGAACUACUGGUCUAAUCUACUGGGAAUGAAAAUUUAUGAAAAAGAUGAAGAGAAGCAAAGGGCUUUGCUGGGCUAUGCUGAUAACCAGUGUAAGCUGGAGCUACAGGGUAUCAAGGGUACAGUUGAUCAUGCAGCAGCUUUUGGAAGAAUUGCCUUUUCUUGUCCCCAAAAAGAGUUACCGGACUUAGAAGACUUAAUGAAAAGGGAGAACCAGAAGAUUCUGACUCCCCUGGUGAGUCUGGAUACUCCAGGGAAAGCAACAGUACAAGUGGUCAUUCUGGCUGACCCUGAUGGACAUGAAAUUUGCUUUGUGGGGGAUGAAGCAUUUCGAGAACUUUCUAAGAUGGAUCCUGAGGGAAACAAAUUGUUGGAUGACGCAAUGGCGGCAGAUAAAAGUGAUGAGUGGUUUGCUAGACAAAAUAAAUCAAAGGCUUCGGGGUAACAGAAGACAUGAUGUGGAACAAGCAUUUGUGAUUCCUGUCUAGCACCUGCAAGGCCUGAUGUGUCCGUGCAUGAUAAAUGCUCUCACAACUUGGUUGUUUCCUGUACAGGCAAGGAGGCUGGGGUGGUGAAGAUCUGUGUGUUUUAAUCUUU